AAAAAAAAAAAAGUAAAUAUACUGGGACGAAUUUGCUUUAUUGUACCUUGUCGUUUAGAUCUAGGCUUUUUCUCCGAUUCCCUGACACACACGAAACCCUUGCAUUAUUCGUCUGGUAAUCCCCAAUUAUUUUGGUUGAUUGUCGAAGCUUCAUCUCUACUUUAUGCGCCGAUAGAUAGAUACAUUUUUCAAUCAAUCGGGGGAGCCGCCGCUGAGUACGAAAUCGAGGUGAUUAACAUUUAUUGGGUAUCGGUGAAGGUUAAUUGAUGGGAAGGGGAGGGCAAAAUUCUGGUAGCAGUGAGAAUUUGGGUGCUAAUGAGGAGGCAAAAGGGGAUCAUUUUGCGGCUUGGUCGAAAGAUGUGAGAGAGUGUGAGGAGAAGUAUGAAGUUAGGCGGGAGUAUGGAUUGUCGGCUGAUGAAGUCGAGAAAAGGAGGCAGAUCUAUGGGUUGAAUGAAUUGGAAAAACACGAGGGGCCUUCGAUUUUAAGAUUGGUUCUGGACCAGUUUAAUGAUACGUUAGUUAGGAUUUUACUGGUUGCAGCGGUGGUUUCCUUUGUCUUGGCUUGGUAUGAUGGGAAUGAAGGUGGAGAGAUGGAGAUUACGGCUUUUGUGGAGCCUUUGGUUAUAUUCUUGAUAUUGAUUGUGAAUGCCAUUGUUGGUGUUUGGCAGGAGAGCAAUGCAGAGAAAGCCCUCGAUGCUUUGAAGGAAAUCCAGUCGGAGCAUGCAUCUGUUAUUCGCGAUGGUAAAAAGAUUUCGAAUUUGCCCGCGAAAGAGCUUGUUCCGGGAGAUAUUGUGGAGUUGAGAGUUGGGGACAAAAUUCCUGCAGAUAUGAGGGUUUUGAGCUUGAUCAGCUCGACUCUUCGGGUUGAACAGGGGUCUUUGACUGGGGAGAGUGAGGCCGUUAGUAAGACUACUAAGGCUGUUGCAGAGGAUGUUGAUAUUCAGGGGAAGAAGUGUGUGGUGUUUGCUGGAACGACAGUGGUGAACGGGAAUUGUAUUUGUUUGGUAACUCAGAUUGGGAUGAAUACAGAGAUAGGGAAGGUGCAUGCGCAGAUUCAAGAGGCGGCAGAAAGCGAGGACGAUACACCUUUGAAGAAGAAGUUGAAUGAGUUUGGGGAGGCUUUAACUGCCAUAAUCGGAGUCAUCUGCUUUUUGGUGUGGGUAAUUAAUGUGAAGUAUUUUCUUACAUGGGAUAUUGUCGAUGGAUGGCCGAGGAAUUUCAAGUUCUCGUUUGAGAAGUGCACUUACUACUUUGAGAUUGCUGUUGCACUGGCAGUUGCUGCUAUUCCCGAAGGUUUGCCUGCAGUUAUUACGACUUGCUUGGCACUUGGCACACGUAAGAUGGCUGCUAAGAAUGCACUUGUUCGCAAGUUGCCUAGUGUUGAAACACUUGGUUGCACAACAGUGAUUUGCUCAGAUAAGACUGGUACUCUGACUACGAACCAGAUGGCAGUGGCUAAGCUUGUUGCUAUGGGUUCCAACACAAAUGCUGUUCGAUCAUAUGACGUGCAAGGAACUUCCUAUGAUCCUUUUGAUGGGAAGAUACUGAACUGGCCUGUGGGUCAAUUAGAUUCUAACCUUCAAAUGAUUGCAAAGAUUGCAGCUAUUUGCAAUGAUGCCGAUGUGGAAAAGGCUGGGCAAGAUAAAUCCGGACAUUACGUAGCAAAUGGAAUGCCGACUGAGGCUGCACUUAAGGUUCUGGUUGAGAAAAUGGGUCUUCCAAAUGAACUAAGUUCUACAUCCUCUUCAGGAUAUGAUGGUGUUUUAACUUGCGCCUACACAUGGAAUAAAAUUGAACAGCGGAUUGCCACCCUUGAGUUUGAUCGUGAUCGAAAAUCCAUGGGAGUGAUUGUGAGUUCUAGCACUGGAAACAAGUUACUCGUUAAGGGUGCAGUUGAGUCAUUGUUGGAUAGAAGUUCCCAUGUGCAAUUGCUUGAUGGCUCAGUUGUAGAACUAGAUCAAAGUUUAAGGGCAGUUAUAUUGGAAAGCCUUCACGAACUGUCAAGCAAUGCGUUACGAGUUCUGGGUUUUGCAUACAAGGACGAUUUAACAGAAUUUGCUACAUAUGAUGGUGAUGAAGACCAUCCAGCUCACAAGCUCUUAUUGAAACCUGAAACUUAUUCUUCAAUUGAGAGCAAUUUAGUUUUUGUUGGCCUGGCUGGUUUAAGGGAUCCUCCUCGGAAAGAAGUCCCUCGGGCAAUUGAGGAUUGCAGAACAGCUGGCAUUCGAGUUAUGGUAAUCACAGGAGAUAACAAAGCCACAGCUGAAGCAAUUUGUCGUGACAUAGGUGUUUUCGGACGUCAUGAAAAUAUCAGUUCAAGGAGCUUAACGGGAAAAGAGUUCAUGGAACUCUCAGACAGGACAGAAAAUUAUUUAAAUCAGGAUGGAGGGCUUCUUUUCUCAAGGGCUGAACCAAGGCACAAACAGGAAAUCGUGAGGCUGCUCAAGGAUUCUGGUGAAGUGGUAGCAAUGACUGGGGACGGAGUGAACGAUGCACCCGCCCUGAAGUUGGCCGACAUUGGGAUUGCGAUGGGCAUUGCAGGGACAGAGGUUGCAAAGGAAGCUUCUGACAUGGUUUUGGCGGAUGAUAAUUUCAGCACAAUUGUUUCUGCUGUUGGUGAAGGAAGAUCCAUUUACAACAACAUGAAGGCCUUCAUCAGAUACAUGAUCUCCUCAAACAUUGGCGAGGUUGCCUGCAUAUUUCUGACCGCUGCUUUAGGCAUUCCAGAAGGUUUGAUUCCGGUACAGCUUCUGUGGGUUAACUUGGUAACCGAUGGACCACCAGCUACUGCUUUGGGAUUCAAUCCACCGGACAAGGAUAUCAUGAAGAAACCACCUCGAAGAAGUGACGACUCAUUGAUCAGUCCAUGGAUUUUAUUCCGUUACUUGGUUAUUGGAGCUUACGUUGGUAUUGCAACAGUGGGAAUAUUCAUUAUCUGGUACACUCGCUCGUCUUUCCUAGGCAUUGACCUCAGUGGAGAUGGCCACAGCCUCGUGACAUACUCACAGCUCGCUAACUGGGGACAGUGCUCAACGUGGAACAAUUUUACCGCUUCGCCCUUCACGGCCGGGAAUCAAGAAAUCAAAUUCGACAAUCCGUGCGACUAUUUCCAGACUGGAAAAAUCAAAGCCAUGACUCUGUCACUCUCUGUACUUGUGGCCAUCGAGAUGUUCAAUUCGCUGAAUGCACUGUCUGAAGAUGGAAGCCUUUUGACCAUGCCUCCAUGGGUCAACCCAUGGCUUCUUCUGGCAAUGUCGAUCUCGUUCGGGCUGCACUUCUUGAUUCUAUAUGUGCCUUUUCUUGCUCAAAUAUUCGGCAUUGUGCCUCUUAGCCUGAACGAGUGGCUGUUGGUAUUGGCUGUGGCUUUGCCCGUGAUUUUGAUCGAUGAGGUACUAAAGUUUGUGGGCAGAUGUACGAGUGGGAUGCGUUCAUCGAGUUCGAAAAGGUCUUUGAAGCACAAGGAAGAGUGAAGAAGACGAAGAUAGAAUGUUGUAAUUGUUUGUGAAUGCACCACCGGUCAAAAUGGUGGUACAUCUAUUUAUUCCAUUCUCGAUACUUUAAUAUAGAUAUAGAAGAUUAUGUUGGACUUGGAACGUUCGAGAGCAUUUAAUAUUUAGGAUUUGUUUAGUGAGCUGGUUAUGGGUAGUUUUGUUCUAACCCCCCCAAUUGUUUGCCUGAUAAUUGUGAUCAAAACUCGUUUAACAUUUAAGUAAAAUUUUGGAGAAACUCUUUUGUAUUGUUUUU